AUGUCAUCUGACGGUAGCAAAGCUUGUGCCAUUAUACUUUUAGCUUUUCUAUUUGCAAUCGGUGCUAGUAUAUAUUAUUCGAACGAAAUAAAAGAAUAUUUUGAUAACGCCUCCCGUCCUUCAAAAAUUAUUUAUCGUAAGGAAGUACAGGUCAAUGCAUUUUUAAUAAAGAAAUAUAUCAAGCCAGGUACACAUUUUCAUAAUAAAAUAACAAUUCAUGCGGCAAAUGAUUCGGACGGGACGGAACUGUAUCGAAUUAAUUGGGAUCACUCACUUACAAUGACAUUAACAAGAAUUGAAGAUGGAUUUGUUGUCAGUCGAGCACAACGUCUUAAUGAUCUAUCGUAUUCAUUUGAACUUUUUGGUCAGUUAGCGGCGACUGGAAAAAUGACUCGAAAAGCAACAAAUGAAACAUUUUUCAUGAUCGAAUACGCAAGUGAUAAAUAUAAAACCUGGGAGAUAUCCAUGACAAAUUCCAAGAAAGAUAUAGAAUUUUUUUUUAUCGUAUGUGACUGGGAUGUAGUUUGGUGGGAUUUGACUACAUCCACUGUUUACGAUAAAUAUGGAAUCGCGGAUUUGGAAAUGAUAGAUUUCGGGCAAAGGGCACAUUUACAACAUAAAUCUAACAUGAAUGGUCAUGCUCUUUAUGGACCAGUACCUAAUCCUUACAUCUAUGAUUUAUAUGUGUUAAAAUAUUUACCAGACGAAUUUUAUCUUACUACUAUGAUUGUUGGCGAUCACAUAUUACCUAGUGAUUGCAAGGGGGGAACGGAAGAUUGGAGUUCUUUUUGA